AAGACGCAGAAGAAGCUAUUAAACGACAGGCAAAUGGGUGCGUUCUACUGUUCGAUCUGCAGGAAAACUGAUUUUACAGGAAAAGCUCACAUCUAUGGGAAAAGCCACCAGUGUAAACUGAAAGUCGUUCUUGUCAAAUUCCUGGACAAGGUUAAAGAAGCCAGGCGUAACAUCAAAUCCCCUCAAGUGGAGAAAAACAGCCCCGAACAUGAUGUUAACUUCUGGUGUUACUGUUGUGGGCUGGAGGUGCAGAAACAUGUGACGGAUGGUAACAUCACUGUUCUACACGGUGGACUGCUGGAGCACAUGAGCACCCCAGAGCACCGGACGAACACACACAAGUUCUGGUGGGAGAAUAAGGCAGACCCCAAACUCAGAGACAAGUUUAUUAUAGCAGAAGAGGAAACUGAGAGAUUUAAGUCAGAGGUUGCCAAGUCUCUUCAACAGUUUGAGGAAAAAGAGGAUGAUUUGAUUCAAGAGCAAGCUGCCGCGAUUCGAGCUCAGGAACAUCACAGACUGGAAGUCCUUCAGUCAUUAACAGAGCCUGAUCCAGCACUGGUACAACAUGUUGAACUGGGCCAAGACGACAAUGAACACACUGCCAGUUGUUCUUAUGUAAUGGAACCACGGCCAGGGCCGAGCCAUGAAGAUCCCGGAUCACGCGGUGAAUGGGGUGAAGCAGGACUUGGUUUAACCUUCAUUGGUUACCAGGAUUCUUCCAGCAGUGGAAAUGUUCACACAGGCGGAUUACCGCCAUGGUUGCUGGAGGAGCCGGAUGAGGCAUCUGGCAGUGGCCAGAAGGAAAUAGGCCCUUCACUUCAAGAGUUUCUUAAACACAAGGAACACGAGAAGCUCAAAAAACUCCCGCCCAACCGUGUCGGGGCAAACUUCGACCACAGCUCGCAUACAGACGCCAACUGGCUGCCAUCUUUUGGACGCGUGUGGAAUAGCGGCAGGCGUUGGCAGUCUAGGCAUCAGUUUAGAGAAGAGGAGGCAAACACCAAGAGAAAGAGAAAGAGGAAAGAUGAUACAAAAGCAAAGAAACCGAAAGACCUUCGCAAUGGAGAUGCAUGAAAUAUGUUUCAUAUAUGUACUUCAAUGGAACAGUAUAGUCCCCCAAAUGUUACUUGAGCCAUGUGCCCUCUUUGUAGAUCGCAUUUAAAAUGUCUCAAACCCUCCCUCCGCUAUUAUAUAUUAACAAAAGAAGGUGAGACUUUCGUUUGUGUGAAGAAAGUGUAUUUUCUCAUAUUGAGAAUAGCUUGAAAGCAGAAAAUUACUACGUAAAACAGUUACUUUGGCAUUUUCUGUCAUUAUAUGUUAGUUCUAGCAUUAUUUUUUGUUAAUUUUGGACAAGAAAUACACUACUUGUGUUUCCAGUUUAUUGAAUAAAUUUGCUACAGAUGAA